AUGAACAGAUUUAAUUCAUUAGAAACACAGUAUAAUAUGCUUAAGGUAUGUACUUGGACAUUUUUUGGCAAAAUAUAGUUUUCAUAGUGGUAGGCAAAAAGCUAUUCUUCUUACUUGGGGAGCAAGGGUGGCGUAGUGGUGAAAGCACUUGCCUCCAACUAAUGUGGCCCGAGUUCGAAUCCUGGCAUCAAUGCCAUAUGUGGGUUGAGUUUGUUGUUGGUUCUCUCCCUUGCUUCAAGAGGUUUUUCUCUGGGUACUCCGGUUUUCCCCUCUGCUUAAAAACCCAUACUUUCAAAUUCCAAUUCGAUCUGGAACGCAGGGACACUUUUCAAUGAGUUGUUAUGAACUCCUUAGGGCUCGGUGGGUAGACAAAUUUACAAUUUACAAAUUUACUUCUUUUCUUCUUGUAAUAUUUUUUUGAUUGAUUUCUUUAAAACAAUAAAAGGCAUUAAUUGCAAGAGAUAAAUGAAAUCUUGAAUCUCCUUUUAAUAAUAUAAAGAAUCUUGUUUAAGAUAAAAUCAUAAGAUCCUAUAGGUGGGUAGGAUCCUGUGUUUAGAUCCUAUUUAGUGGAGAGGAUCCUGUGUAAGAUCCUAUGAGGUGGGCAGGAACCUGUAUAAGAUCCUAUGAAGUGGGCAGGAUCCUGUCUAAGAUCCUAUGAGAUUGGCAGGAUCCUGUAUAAGAUUCUAUGAAGUGGACAGGAUCCUGUAUAAGACCCUAAAAAAUGAAUUCACAGAGCCUUCUGUUUCUUCAGCAAGAGUUGUUUCAAAUAAAUGGGUAACUGAUAUGACAAAAAAAUCCCCCUUGCCUCCUAAAGAAAAAGGGAAGAACAACCAUCUGAUUUGCUGCUUAAGUAGCAUCCAAACUGCAACUGUCAUUUGAAUGUACCCAAAUUAUGCAGUUGCAUAACAUCACAGGCCUUGUUUAGGGAUAUAAAGUCAUACAUCUGCUUAACUGUGAGUAGGAGAUUGUUACUCUGUAUCCAUUUCAUUUUAUUUGCCUCAGGCACAAUCCAAAGAGCUUGAUACAGAUUAUGGUCGCCUUCAACAAACCUACAGUCGCCUUAGUGCAGAGCACGCUUCAGUGACUAAUCAGCAAAACAGGAAUUUUCAGUUAUUUAAAGAACAGAAAGCUAAUGAAAUAUCAUCCCUUGAAGGUAGGAAUGUCAGAAUUUUGACUCCUGUGUUGAGUUUAAUAACAAAGAAGACAUCAGCUUUUGGAAUUACAAUAAUAAAUUAAUUAUGACUAUAUCAGUAAAUUUUGUGGGGCAUGUAAGAUAAAAAUACAAUAAACCAUAUCAGUACAAUUUGACAUAGCUUAACAAAGUGUGUUUAUUUUGUUCUAUGUGUACUUUAAAGAGGAAAUCAGGACAUUGAAACAACAAGUUGUAUCACUCAGGACAAAUCUCAGGUCCAAGUCGGAUGAAGUUGAGCAAUAUAAGGUGUGUUCCUUGAGAUCUGUUACUUAUUCAAUUACUGAAUUUGGUAAAAACGAAAGCAAACGAAAGAAACAUGUUUUUAGAAGUAUGGAUACACAAGGGUGUUGAAUCAGCAUAAUUUAUUAUGUUAGUACAAUUUCUAUUGUCUGCUUGGAAGAUAUGAAACUUGGUCGAGGCUUUAUGGGCAGUUUCUUACAAGUCAUGAUUGUGUUUUGUCACCCAAGACUUUUGAGUUGAUGUCUUUAUUCACUGGAAUGGAGGAAUGGCUUGUAGUUAAAUGGGGUGAAAUGCAACUCAAUGAUGGGAAAGCACUGGAUCAGAGAAACAUAAUGUGUUUACAUUUUACAUUCUUUUUUGUUAGCAUUCCAGUUCUAGAGCAGUAGCUGCAAGUCAGCAAUACCAGGAGAAACUCAAGGAUCUUCAGGGUCAGCUUUCAAGAUAUCAAGUAUGUGCAGUGUACCUUCAUUAAAAAUUUGCUGCAGUAAUACUCAGCCCUGGUAUACAGUGUAUAUACCUGAUUGAAAAAACUUUGUUGCUUCAAAAGUAUAUUGUCACAAGCUGCUCAUGUGGAUGCAAAUCCCUAGAGUACUUUGUUUAAGGCUACAUGGUGGUGUCUUUUUAUUGUCUUCCAAGUAAGCUUCUAGGUCCUAUCGUAUAAUUUUCAAUUUUAUUGUGCCUCAGCAGUAUGGCUACACUCUGUAGAGAUUUCUGAUGUGCCCAGCGCAGGUGAAGUUGUGACCUUAUCGGCAAGAAAACUGGAAACCAUGACCUUUUCUGAAAUACACCGUUGCAAAAAGCUUCGAUGACCUAAACUUUUCUGGAAAGAAACUUAAAUUUGCAAUGCUAAUUAAGUUCUACCUAUAAUCCACUAUGUCCCAUUGUUCAUAUACAUUAUACUUUUCAAGCAAUAACAUUUUUUCAGUCAGGUAUACUGGUAUCCUAUGUGAAUUCAUGAGAAUACUUUGUCCGUACCAUAAUAAUACUGUAUUGUUUCUGUUUUAUUGCCCAGGAGAAGCUUAACAGCUAUAUUAGCAAGUCUAAAACAUCUCACAGAGACAUGAAACUUGACAAAAAGAGGGAACAAGGAGAAAGCAAGCUUCAAGGUAAGGUGGAUAGAUUCUGUCACUUUAUAGUGCCUUUCUAGAAUUGUAAAGAAUCAACCAUAAGAGGACACAGAAAAAAUCUGAGCCCCAGAUUUUUUCUGUGUCCUCUUAUGGUUGAUUCUUUACAUCUCUCUUUAUUUCCUUUCUAGAAUUACUUAACAAAAUGACAAUGGCUGUCUUUACACUUAAGGCCGUUAAGUAAGACUUAAGAGCUGCUAAGUUUUACUUAGCCAAAAAUAUGUGUGUGAAGGCCCAAGUAAAAUCUCAAGUUAUUUUACUUUGCAUCUCAUUAAAGUCGGAAAGUUGAAACGAUUCAAGAAAGUUUCAAGUGACUUAAAAACCAUCCUUAAAACGACUUAGCAAAGUUGCGGUUUCUCGAGCUUUGAGAAAGGUGAAUCAUGUCAAUCAAUCUUAAUUACAUGUAUGAUGCAUGGGAAAAUAGCCUUAAAAAAAAGUUAACCUGAAGUAAAAAAGAAAUGGUUGUGUGUGUGAAGCUUCCUUUUACUUGAAGAAUUUUUAAUUUUACUUGUCUUGAAAUAUUUCUUAGCUUAUUUAGGCUCUAGUGUAAAGACUACCAAUGAUACAUAGUCUAGCGUUAAUUUAUCGCCAUUUUACUGCAAGUCUGAUCUUGUCAUUUUAUUAUAUGUUUGAGGUGUUAAGAUUUCUCUCGCUGUACCUACAGAACUCUCCAUGGGCCUUUUAAAUCACUGUUUCAUAGGAAUUGUGUAUUUCUAUAUCUUUUAUAGAUGCUUUGAGUCCGAGGACAAUAAAAAGUAAAGAUGGACAAGAAGGCCCGCAAAAGGAAACAGAAAAGUAAUUAUAAUUAUGCCUAACUAAUUAACUAAUGUAACUAACUGACUGACUGACUGGAUGACUAACUAACCAAGUAAAACCUCAUGGAAUAUACAGUUACUGGUAAAACUUAGUUGUUAGCAUUGUGACUCAAAAAUUAUGACAAAAUUGUUACAUGUAGUUGUUGGCAGAUUGAAAAUAAAGUUGGUUUCAGACAUGAUCUGUUAGACCCUGUUUAUGUCUCGCUCCUAGUAAACUUCCUCCAACAGCAGAGUACUAAAGUGAUGAUGUCAUAAAAUUAAAUUUCUGAAUUGUGGGAUUCGUCAAGAUAUUCUGAAAGAACAACGUCCAAGAGGCCAAAAAUGAGCAUUUCGGGCCAAAUUGUCUCUGAGAUAUUAGCCCAGUUAUGCACUGAUAACUCCAUACAAAACCCUCUAAAUUUUUUUGGGCCAACCCCCCAAAAAAGUUUCAAAGGGUUUGUAUGGAAUUGUAAACCAAAAAUAUCAUGACGAGGCAACACAACAAAGAAUAGUUUUGGAGAGAACUCUGCAUUAUUGAAUAACUAAACAUAGGAUAGCAUACUUGAAUGGUUUAGGCUAUGUUCGCACUAUACAGUAUAGCUUUUUGUAUCUUGACUAUAAACACCUAUCCAAUAUAUGACUCUCUACUUUAGAGAUCAGUGCCUGGCAUCUGUGCCCCAUUACAGAAAUUGUGCCAAAAUCACUGUUUUUAAAGGUGAACAGUAGCCCUAUAAAGUAUGGUUUUGGUGCCAGGGCAAAAACUAUCUGAUAGAGUCUGAACAUAGUCUUAUUUGUUGUAAAACAAUAAAUUAAUAAAUUUGAUUUAUACAGCCCCACAGUCCCCUUUAGAAAUGACAGUAGACUUCAUCAUGGUCGCUCUCGUCGUGAUGUUAAUGAGCAAGCCGCUCUGCCAAGUGAUAAUGGUAAGUUAUGAUUAGUUCUAUGUGAAAUUUAAUCAUCUGUUAGAAAUCCUGCUCUUUAGAUUAUACUGUACAUCAGCUGCCACUAUCAAACCUGCUAGUUGAAUUAUUAUAUAUUGUACUUGCUUUCUGUAUUGGCUAAGAGCCUACAGUUAAUUUUGCUAGGAAUGAGAAGAUAACUAACUGAUGUGUAGGCUGUCUGCCAAAUAAUGCGUAAUUCUCAAGAACAAUGUCUUCUCUGUUUGGAGAAUAAACUGUGUUCAGUGUGACAAUGGGUUUGUUGGUAUUAAUCUCAAAACAAUCAAUAACAAAACAGAUUAUUAGAUUCAGUUUUUGUGAUAUCUGGAGUAAUCAAGGUCUUGGUAUUAAGGUGUUUUGCCUCAGCAGAUAACACUUAUCUUGAACUGUAAAUGUAAAGAAAAAAACUUCAUCCAAUAAUUGUUUACAAUUGGUUACACAUCAACUGACUUACUAUGAUGUAAUCUGUUAGUCUCUGUUUAUCCUGCUACUUUCCAAGGUAAACAUAACACUGAUAAUUAGUGAAUCUUUUUUCUCUUAAAGAUGCACAUAUUGCUGAUAUGAGGAAAUCUCCUGAUGAGAAUGUUUAUGAACAGAGAAAGGUGAAGGAAGGUUACACAGCAGAGGAGAGUUAUGACAGCAUGAAGGACAUUCCUCUAAAAGACUCCAAUGUAAAUUAUGGUGCAGAUCAGGCAGGGCAUGGAGUGAAGGUGGUGUCACCAGGUGACGGCAAUGCUAUGAACAAGUGGGCUGAUAUACUAAAGGUAUUUGCUAACUUUUUGCAGCCCUGUAAUAAAAGUCUUGUCAUAAAUUUGUUUAGCAUGGGAACAAGGUCGUAGGUGAAGCAAAUCAAUAAUUUAAGUUUUUGUUCAGAUUAGUGCACCAUGACUAAUGCUCUUAUGAUGCAGUAUGUGUGAAUAAAUUUAUCAUUCACCAGUUGUCAUAUUUUACCUGUCCUUUCACCUUAUAUCAGAUUGUAUUUUGAGCGUUUGGCAGUCGUUACUGAGGGUCUGUAUUCUGAAUCUGAAAUAAUUUUUGACCCUCGUUAAGUGCAAGAUAAUACUUAACUCAACCAACACAUUUACUGAGGAUGCUGUUUCUGAAAACUUAACAUCGUUCGUUUCAUCACAUACUGGCACAUUGAAACUUUUAUUGGUAGAAGGCUGUCGAGGCUGACGUAGAAAUAUUGCGUGAUGAAUGAAUUUUUCUCGUUUCUUUUUUUACCAGCAAGCAGCAGAGCAAAGUCGCAAGGAAGGCAAUGUAGGAGUUAGUAAAGAAUUGGCAGGAGAGACUGAACUAGGGAAAAGCAGAUUAGAUGACUAUCGUAAACAGGAGACUGUUGCUGCUGGAGAUAAUGACCAGAGACACCUUGGUGAGGAAGAGGUUAAAGAUAAACAGGAUGGUGAGCCUGUGGUAAACCAAUACAGUGAUGCAGAUAGAAUGCAGGCUGGCAAACCUGUGGUAAAGGGAGGACAAAGUGAUGGGCGUAGCAUACAGACAGACCACGUGGCUGAUCGACCUGGAGAACAGGGAGACCAACAGAAGAAUGAUCAUGUGGUGCAGGCAGGUCAUGUAGCUGAUAGACCAGGUGAACAGGAAGACCAAGAAGGAGAAGAAGAACAGGAGAAGGAGGGAGAGGAGGAGGAUCGUAAAGAAGAUGGAGCUGCUGAUAUAUCACGUGACAGUAUCAACAGUCAAGUUGCUGAAAUGAGAGAAAACCACCAACAGCAGCAAGAGAAACAACGGGGACAACUUGAAGCAGCCCAGGUACAGCAACAUGUGGCUCCCAUACAAGCUGUACAGAGACAAGCGGAAGAACACAGAACACAGCGGGCAGAUUUAGCCCAGAUACAGCAACAUGUGGCUCCCAUACAAGCUGUACUGAGACAAGCGGAAGAACAGAGAACACAGCGGGCAGAUUUAGCCCAGAUACAGCAACAUGUGGCUCCCAUACAAGCUGUACAGAGACAACAGGAGGAACACAAGGCACAACAGGCAGAUGGUAGGCUUCUUACAUUUUCAUAGAUUAGUUGUUUCAGUAUUUAUUUCUAGGAUUACUCCAUGUCUCUUUCGUUAGAGCUGUGAUCACAGCCAGAGUUUGAAAGAGUGAAUUACAGUGCAAUAUUCACAGUAUCCUAUUUCCGGUGCAAUUGUCAAGAAGGGAGGCCGUUAACUUGAUUUUAGAUUUUUCUCGCCUUAUGAAAUGUAGAUACCGUCUUUUUAUUUCGACAUUGAUGAAAGAAAAAACUGCCAACAGUUUACAACUGAUGUUCAUGCUUUUUAAGUAUUAUUCAGUCCAUCGUCAGUGAUGAGUACAGUACAUCUUUUAGCCACGCUUCGGUCAGUUUCAGUUUGGCAAAAAUUUUUAUGUUGUUAAAAAAGGUGGAAAUGUGUCUCUGAAGAGAUGCAAAUAAUUUUAUUGUUUCUUGUCAUUCAUAUGCUCAUGAAUGCGUUUGGAUUUAAAAUUUAUUUGAUGUUUUUUGUUUUCCGCAGCUGAUGAUGAGGAUGCAGGAGAUGAUCAAAAUGACCAAGAAGCUGAUCCGGAUGAGAAAGAUCCAGAUGACGCUGGCGAAGAAGAAGAAGAAGAAGAAGAAGAUCAAAACUCACGGCAGCAUCAGGUUCACUAUGGUGACAGGACACUCAAGGGUGCAAAUAAGCCAUAG